AUGUAGAGUAUUUAAGUCUCACUUGCUGAUAAAUAUCCUGAUAGAGUUCCAAUUUUGCUUGAAAUUACAGAUAAAUCUAAAAUUCGGUUUUCAGAUGGAUCAUAAUGCAAAAAAUAUUUGGUUAGUAAAUCAGAUCACUUUUAUCACUUUUUUUAAAUACUCAGAAACUCUUUAAAAUUGUCAAAAAAAGAAGCCAUAUAUUUAUUUGUCAAUAAUUCUGGAUUGAUUAAACCUGAAAGUCAAGUUGGAGAAAUCUAUUCUAAACAUCGUAGUAGUGAUGGUUUUUUAAGAAUUAUUUUAAGUGAAUAUGCUACGUUUGGAUGA